AUGCAUAAUGAUCAGUCACUUAAUGAUUCAUUUUCUAAAUUCAUUCAAAAUCUUCCAAAAGAAACUCAAUCGAAUGCAGCAUUCUAUAAAAAUUAUCUAUCUUUAUCAAAUAUUCCAUCUGAUUCUAUUCAAAUUCGAUCUCAAUUUUUUUAUAUUUUAAAGAAAUUCAUUGAAAAAAGUCUUCCAAUAGUUGAUCUUAGUUUACCAUUAAGACAAAGUUUUUUCACUGAUCAAAUUCGAAUAAUAAAAUCUUACUUAUUAUCGUCAACAAAAUUUCAAUUAUUAGCAAAAUCUUUAGAAAAAACCGAAGUUGAAUAUAAUGGUGAUUGGAAUAUAGUUAAUUUUGAUAUAAUUAAAGCUAAUUCAAAUAGUGACAACAGUGAAAAUACAAUGCUCUAUCAAGCUUAUCAACAAUUGCAUACAAAUGCUCAUAUCACAUUUCGACGAUCGAAUGAACAACUUUGGCAUGCACAAUAUAUUGGAAUGCAUAGUACUGAUCAUGGUGGAUCAUAUCGGGAUUCAAUAACUCGUAUUUGUUCGGAUAUAUGUUCUUCACGAUUAUCAUUAUUUAUUUUAUACCCAAAUGGACGUAUGAAUAGCGAUUUAAAUCGAGAUUGUUGGAUUCCAAAUGUUUUUCCACCCAAUAAAUCAAUUUCAAAUAAAUAUAAAACACAAUAUCGUUUUGUUGGACAAUUAUUUGGUAUGGCUAUAAGAGAGAAACAUUAUUUAAAUGUCAAAUUUCCGAUUUUAUUAUGGAAAAAAUUAUUAAAUGAAUCGAUUACUGUUGAAGAUAUUGAAACAGUCAAUUUAGAAAGGGUGUAG